CAUGAGCAGCAGGAGCAGAACCAAGGCGUUCACCAAGAUAUGAGGCUUCCAAACCACAGGACCAAACUACAUAGUCACAAAAUCUUUAGCAGUGGUAUAAAACUUCUAAAAUCGAGAAGAGCAAAAGGUAUCAGCAUGACAUGUUCUUUUUAUUAUUGUUAUGUUUUGUAAAAACAAAACAAAAACCACUGUCAGUUCCAUACAGUUUGACUUUUCAAUGAGGGUCACUGGUCAGUCAGGAGUCAUGCCAUGGAUUUUUUAGAUUCGAGUAUAUUCAACUUUACUGUCAUUGCACAAGUGAAAUACCAGUAAUACAAUGCAGUUUUACAUCUAGCCUGUGAUGCAAACGAGUAGGCUAACUGACAUGCCAAAAAGUGCACCCAUAUGAAAUGCGUCACUACACCGUUCCAUAGGCCUAGAAGAGAACGGUCCCAGUGGACUUUUUCUUUGAAGUUUUAAAGUUGAAAGAUGUUGUGUGGAUUCUAUGUUGUUCGUUUUAAAUUGAAAUGAAAAUGCAAAGAAACGGGGCAAUCACUACAAACGUCUAGCCUACCUCUGCUUGCCUGAUCUGAAAGUAAAGCACCUCUUCUCGGUCGGAAUAUAGGCUUACUUUCGCUUUUGUCCAAACAAUCACUUGCUCCAUUAGCAAGGAUUUGGAGCACACUCCAUUUCAGAAGGUGGCGAUAAUGCACCAAACGUUGUCUGCCAACUGAAAUAAAAACAAGAAGAAGAAGAAGGAGGAGGAGAAGAAGAAAACGACAACAACAGUUCUCUACCACAAUCCAUAGACUGUAAAAAGCCUCACUUUACUUUAAAUGUCACUUAUGCCUUUUGAUAUAUUUGGAGCGGAGAUCAAAGACAAAGUUCGUCCAACCACGUUAUUUGUUAUGUCAACAUUAAGGUCGUAAGCACAGGGAAAGAUGACGUGUUGUCUAGGUUAUUAUAGCCUACAACUUUGACGAACAGCUGAGGAGACGGGGUAACGUUAUUUAGAGGAAUUGCGGUAUUUUGUAAAAACAUUAUAUUUGUUAGAAUGCAGAAACGGGCAGACGGCACGCGAAGCGGCUUUACCUCACGCAGCGAGAUCUCGAGGCUGCCUCCACACAUAGAACGCGCGAGACACCGAGUGGGUGUUAACUCAAAGACAGAUGAAAUUACUCAGCAUAUUGGAAUGAUGAGUCACAGGAAAGCAUGUAUGGACUUGGAGAAGGCUACUCAAUUCAUCACACAAGCAUUACAGCAUGAAGUAGUUCGGAACCGGGAGCUCUGCGUGUUGAUUUGCCGUCUGGAGGAGAAGGAGGCGGAGACUGGGCGGAGCCUAAUGGAGCAGGCGGAGUCUAACAAGCAGCUGCGUUUGGAGAUCGGUGCAUUAAAGAAACAGCUGAAGACAAAAGACAACUCACUGUCAGAGGCCAGUCAGACUGUGGCUUUCCUGAAGAAUGAGCUAAGGGAUCUGCAUCAACAACAGCAGCAAAUGAAUCAGUGGUACACACACACAUACACACAUGCACACACACCAGCUAACCAGCUGACACCUGCGCAGGAGCCACUGGUCUGGUCAGAACCACUGGUCCCACCUGACGCCCAUAGUCCGCUGGUCUCACCUGAUACCCAUAGUCUGCUGGUCUCACCUGACGCCCAUAGUCUGCUGGUCUCACCUGAUACCCAGAGUGUGCUGGUCCCAUCGGCGGGUCAGAGAGCUGCGGAGGUUCUGGUCUCUGGUAUUAAAGAAGAGGAUCCUGCUGAUGCUGGUGAAUAUGGAGAGAGCCAUCACUCUGUGGACGCAGUUGAUCCCAAAACAGAACAGAUCUUCUCCUCAGCUGCAGUGGAUCCAGUGGAUCCCAGAGCAGAGCAGACCUUCUCCUCAGCUGCAGACAUUAAGACUGAAAUGCUUCAGGGAGAGGAGGGAAUGUCAAAAGUGGGCCCUGCGUCUCCUACGGACCCAGUGCCGCCUACAGGCCCGACGUCUUUGGCCCAGUUAAGGGGCGUGUCAGUGAUGCUGGUGGACUGCUGUAGAGCACAAGAACAGCGAGGGAAGGACGACGAGAACUUCAGACAUGGAGAAGAACCUGAGAACGAAAAUGGCUCAUCUCUGUCAUCGUCAGGGUUUGCAGCGUUCCCCUCCAUGUCCGAGCCCCCGACCCCUGAGCUGGACGGGUCCAAACGGUUCUCCUGUCCCGUGCGCGGCCUGACGCCCCCCUCCCCGUCCCCGUCUCCGUCCCAGCUCAGACGCCCCCCCCACGUGUUCAAGCGCAAGCGGCCGCUGGCCUGCUCUCAGUGCGGCAAGACGUUCCUGCACGCGGCGACGCUCCGGGUGCACCAGCGCGCCCACUCCGGGACGCGCUCGCACCGCUGCAGCUACUGCCUGCGGAACUUCCUGAGCGAGUGGGACCUGCAGCGGCACCGGCGCAUCCACACGGGGGAGAGACCGUACCACUGCGCCCAGUGCGGGAAGCGCUUCACCCGCAAGGACAACCUCAAAUCCCACCAGCGCAUCCACCUGGAGGACAGGACCUAUGUGUGCUCUCACUGUGGCAAGGGCUUCACCCGCGAGGAUUACCUUAGAAAACACCUGCGCAUUCAUACAGGGUAGAGCUUCAGUUGAGAGCAUCAACUCCGACACCACGCUGGGAAAGAUGGCAUACGUUACACAGAUGACAAUUGAGAGCAUCAUCUCCGACACCACACUGGGAAAGAUAGCACGUUACACAGAGGACCAUGACAAUGACGCAGCCAUGACAUGCAAUAGAUGCAAUACAUGUAAUGAGCUCUGAACUUCUGCUGGUAGCUUUUCCUUUCCUUCAACGUCUCAAUGUGCAGGCUGUAACUUGUUGUUUGUCAGAUAUGCUGCAUUUGAUGCACUGUACCUUUAAAUAGACUGUGCUAGGUGUGGUUACCAGUGUUUGUUGUUUAGUGAUAAAGCCUUGAAAUAAGCAACAGUACAGUUAACAGCAAUUGAACAUAUAUUCAAUGUAAUUAUGCUUUUAAAUGACAGUUUGACUCUUGUACAUUCACAAAUAGACCCAAAGUUGCACUUUGGCGAGAGUUAUGCUUUGAGCCUAUUGUUCUCAAAGUUUUUAACUUCAAUGCACAAAGGAAAUCUGAUUGUAUUUAAAUAUUUUAUAUGUAAAUAACAUAUGAUAAUGGUUGCGUAA